UAACACACACACAUAUAUAUAUAUACAUAUGAAAUAUAAAUAUAUAUGUGUGUGUGUAUUUAACUUGACUAAAGAAUUCGGUGAACGCUUUUAGUGUAAGACACUGACUGACUCCGCUGCAGUCCCUCUAUCGGCUGUGGCAGCUGGUCGGUUUCCAUUCACUCAGGUGCUGUGUUGUUGUUGUUGUUGUUGUCGUCGGAUUCAGGAUGGAAGAAAAACACAAGAAGAUCCUUCAGCGCAACAGGGUCAGUCUGGUGAGUGUGCUGGACCCAUCCACGCUCUACGAUGGCCUUCUUCAAAGAGGAGUUUUCACGCAAGACAUGAUCGAUGAGAUUAAGAGCUCUGGGACCAGACGUGACCAGGCCAGGCAGUUAGUCCGGGACUUAGAGACCCGCGGGAGUCAAGCCUUUCCAUUAUUCCUGCAGUGUCUUCAGGAGACGGGUCAGCAGAGUCUGUCAGAGCUCCUGCAGAAUGGAGUCCCACCAGUUCAUGUACAACCUGCUACACCCACUGAGGUUGUCCGCCCUGUGAUCCAACCUCUCCCAAUCACCCCCCCAAUGGAUGUUGAUAAGCAGAGAAAAGACGAUGUCCCUGUCAAUCCUUUACCUCGACCAAGUACCACUCCCAGUCCGUCACCUGAAAGGGAGAGUAUAAGACCAAGGCCACUGGGCAGAACACGACGGGACAGUAUUCAGAGCUACAAAAUGGACGCCAGCCCAUGUGGACACUGCCUCAUCAUAAACAACGUGGAGUUCAGCCCUCAGAGCGGGCAGACCAAUCGUAGAGGCUCCAACGUCGACUGCGGCAAGCUGGAGAGAAGAUUCAAGAAGCUCAACUUCAUUGUGGAAGUCAAGACCAACAUGAAACAAAGACAAAUCAAGCAUGAGCUGUCAACUUUGUCCAAAAAGGACCACUCAAGCUUUGACUGCUGUGUGGUUAUCAUGCUGUCCCAUGGGACUGAGGUGAGUCACAACCGCUUCCCUGGUGCUGUGUAUGGUGUGGACGGAGAGUAUGUCCCAGUUCAACAUAUCACAAACUACCUCAACGGCAAGCAUUGCCCUUCUUUACAAGGCAAACCCAAACUGUUCUUCAUCCAGGCGUGUGGAGGAGGUGAAAAAGACAUGGGCUAUGAGGUGUCCCCUGACGAAUUUAAGCCACACGUUGGUGGAGCAGAUGACCAGACAGACGCCAUUCCAAUGUCGUCCAGCAGCGACUCCCUGAGCAUGUCUGAUGAACCAGAUGCCAGAGUCACUCUGCCCACACCAUGUGACAUCCUGGUGUCCUACUCAACGUUUCCUGGUUACGUUUCUUGGAGAGACCCCGAGGCAGGAUCGUGGUAUGUUGAGACAAUGGACCGUGUUCUAGAGGAAAAUGCUGCUACUGAUGACCUGGUUACAAUGUUGAUGAUGGUGAACCACGAAGUCUCUCAAAACUCUGCAAAAGGGCUCUACAAGCAAAUGCCUGGUUCCUUUAACUUCCUCCGAAAACUUCUCUACUUUCAAACCCAAACAUAGACCAAGAAAAGUUUCAGCUGGACACACUUCUAAUAAGUCUCAGAUUCAGCUUCAGCGUCUAUUUCAGUGUCAUAAAUCGUGACUGGAAUGUUUUUAGAUUAUGUCUCAGCAGAGUUGUCAGAUGUAUGAAUUUGAUAAAUUGUGCUUUUACUGAAAUGCCUUAGUGUGUAUUUGAUUUUAUUGAUUGGCAACUUUUCUAAAUGAAAGUGUCAGGCAUAGGUGUGAUCUUGGGAAGAAAAUAUUUCUGUACUAUGAAAAAGUUUUUAUUUUACAUCUGUGACGUAUUGACACAUAACAGCCGUCAGUUUGUUAAGAGCAGUCAUUCAACAUGAUGAUCGGUUUGUGCUCUGUCUCUUUUAUACGAAUCUUGUUAACAAAUUGGAUUGUGUGUCUUUUGUAAUUCUUUUGUAAUGUUCUGAAAAUACAGGUUGAAAAUGA